CGGAGUCGACCUUGCGCUGGCCCAACCUCAUGCGCUUGUGGCAGGCAUGCGCUGUCCUGCCGCUUAGCACAGUGGAGUGUGAACGAGGCUUCUCGCGGCAGAACGUCAUCAAGUCAUGGGUGCGGGGCGCGUUGUGCAAUGCGCGCCUCAGCGAGCUGAUGGUCAUUUCCCUGCUGCAGUACGAGACUGACUGGGACGAGGCCAUUGGGUGCUGGCGCGAGAAGCUGAGGCGCCCUGCUAAGUCUGUUCUGUUUGCCGCAGCGGAGAGGAAGCAAGACGAAGUGAACAUGGAUGGCCCAGAAUUUUAGUCAAGUGUAGCUAGUGGCAUGGAAUAUUGUGAAGUCUAGACUAGAUAGAGGACUUGUAGACUGGCGUGGCGUAGUGGUGCUUUUACUUAACUAGUAGCUGUACAUUCCUAGUUGAUUUUUUCCCAAGUACAAUGCAACCCUGAU